GCUGCUACUACUCGCAAGCACCAACCAACAUGUGCGUGUGGUACCGCGGGUACACUGCUCGGCCGCCUAGGUGAUAAGGAUUCGCGAAGGAUUCUCGUGCACGAUGACGUCAGGCGAAGGCUGGCGAGAGCGCCGACCGAACCGCAGCGACAUAUGGCAAUCUUUGUAACGUGACCGAUCGUACGCUCACCAUGAUAGGGAUCGGGUUCGUGUGUGGCAUCUGUACCCGUGUGGGCUGUAUCAAAAGCUGUACCCCUUGCGGUGGGCACGAAUCACGUGCAGACAUGCAUUCGGUGCAGAUGCUUCGAUAAGACGCACGGCACGCAUGGUUUUGGGCGGCUGCGAGCUGAUAACGGACGCUGCUCGCUUUCGAAACUGGUUGAAAUCAUCAUGCGUACGGUUUUACGGCACGGAAAGACUUACUACCUAUUAAUAGCGCAGGCAAAACCGAUGGCAACGGUAGCGCUAGAACUUAUCAAACUGGAGAUGCUUGCCAGUUGGUUGGAAGCAUGCCAUCGAAGCCAUUUUCGAUAAGGAUUAUCGGACGGGGGGAGGUGGGAGGGGAAAUUAAAGCAGGCAAAGCACGCCGACACAUACCGGAAGAAGCCAAUGAAAUUCAUGCUGUUUUGGAAGUUCAACAUAAGCAUUCGGCGGGAUCGAAACGGGGAAUGUAAACGACACUGAGGGAAGCUAGAACAUUGAGUACAACUCACUCAGGUUUUUGGGAAUUAAUUGUAUCGUAGUUUCGAUUCCUCAACAUAACUAAAUCUCCAAAAUCUUUAUUUAAAACCCAAAUUUCUGCAUCUUUAUUUAAAACACUAGUAGGAAUAUAAACUUACUGAUUAGUACACUAAUCGUAUUAAACAUGUCAUCGGUCAAUCUCACAGCUAAACUUCCGCAACAAGUACUGUAUAAUUUCGAAUUACUCGCUGGGGCGCAUUACAUUUUACCAGAUUUGAUGCAACAACAGGUGCUACACUCCCCCAUACAACCGAUGCAGAUCUACACACGCGAAGCACGACACACGGCAUGGGAGUUUGGAACACUCCUCGGCGACAGCGAUUAGGGCAGGUGUUUCCGCUUCCGACGGUGAUUAGUUUUCAAUUUAAAAACAAACCUUAUAAAAUAUUAACCAUAGUCUUGUAAGACAAACGGGUAACGCGUGUGCAAGGUACCAAGGUACCCUAGGUAUUGCAGCAGCAAUAUCUUAUAAAACCGGGGUAAGAUGCCGGCCGCAAAGCCAUUCCAGUACAGGGUAGUGACUUGCAGCGACCGUCGACAAGAAACGCUUCAAAUGGCCCGUUUGGUACUGCACGAGGUGCGCUACGUGUUGAUGGCGAUGCUUUACAUAUCUCGGGGUAUGGCAACAAAGAUUCAAAAUUCCACAAUUGAUCUGUACGUCUAUUGGUUUCUGACGUUCAUCCCAAUCGUUUCGCUGUGUGUACCGCAGUUCACAUACUUAAUUGUAGAUACCAAAAGCCUUAUAGAUUUCAUCUCAGUACUGGUGCCUAUUACGGAAAUCCUGCUGACGAAUGGGAAAAUGAUUAUAUGUAACGUAAAGCGGGGGAAAAUUAUCAAUCUCAUCAACCAGGUGCAGGUGGCAUGGGACGAAUGUGCAAAAUCGGAACACCUGGAAAUUCAGACAUUGAUUACUGCCACUGCCAAAAAGUCGAAAAUUUUCGUCAUCAUCUACACGACCUCUUUCCUGCUUAUCUGCGUCGAGUAUAGUUCAAUGCCGUUGUUCAAGUUGAUCUACCACAGCGCAGUUUACGGUAAGCAAUCCAACUACACUAUCGCUCUACCGUACUUGUCCAGGUUCGCUUAUAGCACUGAGUCCACGACCAGCUUUGCGUGGACGUAUUUCUUCAUACUGAUCGGUGUCUACUUGCUGGCGCUAACGCUCAGUGGCUUUGAUAGCUUGUUUUCGACGCUCGUCAUGCACAUUAAAAUGAUGUUCAAGGUGUUGAAGUUUGAAAUCGAGCAGCUGGGACUGGAUCUGAGUGCCGGAAAGAGUCAUGUCGAACUGCAGGCCAAGCUGAAACAAAUCAUUUUGAAGCACAAAACCAAUCUAUCAUUGAUCGAACAAUUGGAGGAUGGUUUCAGUUUCUUUUUGAUGGCGCAGUUUCUAACCAGCUCGAUUUUGGUUUGCGUCGUGCUAUAUGAGCUAACUAUGGUGUUCGGAUGGAAUGAGGAUACGUUCAAAACGGUUACCUACCUGCCAGGGGCCAUCCUGCAGCUCUUUCUGUUUUGCUGGUACGCCCAACAAAUUACCGAGGAGGCGCGAUUGGUGUCGGACCAUAUUUAUAACAUUCCUUGGUAUCUGGCCGAUCCGAAGCUGCAGAAAGACAUUCUCACAUUCAUGGUUAAAGCCCAGAAGCCUACCGGUGUGACGGCGUCCAAAUUUUACAUGGUUACGCUGCAAACCUUUCAGCGAAUAAGCAGUACAUCUUACUCCUACUUUACCUUGCUGCAAACCAUCAAUCAGCAAUAAUUUGUGAUACCGUAUUGGAGCACACAGAUUGCAUACCCUGUAGGCGCGUCUAUAACAACAAUCACCUGAAUGUAUGCAAUACGCUUUACAUGUAACGUAUAUAAAGCAUUUGAAUCUCGCACGCAGUGCAAACAAAACACACAAUAAAAAUAGGUUUCUUAAGCGUUUCGCC